AUGUGUACAAUCUAAAUUAAGAUUAAAAGCGACUUUUUCUUACCAGUUGCCUUGACAAAAAAUCCAUAUUUGUUAUAGUAUUUUUAUAAAAUUAAAUUUCUUUUAGUAAACAAAAUAACAAAAGGUCUUCCCAAUACAUCUAAAGUACUGCAAAAAGGUCAUACAGUAAGAGAAGAAAAUAUUCUUUUAAAUUCUAGUCUUUCGUGAGCCCAGAUAAUAAAUCCAUUAAAGUUUGUAAUUUAGAGAACAAUGAAAUAUGA